UUCAUGACUCCUCCUGCUAGUGAAAACCUUUUUUUUUUUCCAUUUAAUGCACUGUAGUUACUGAAACAUUAAUCAAAGUUGAAUAAAAGCCUGCAUAGAGUUAGGCACUAAGACAGAGUAGGGGUAUUAUUAUUUAGUUUUUGGCAAAGGUUUGGAAAACCAUGAGAAGUGGAGAAGCCCUUGCACUGCUUAUAUGGAUGAACUGUCUGUUGGCUUGUUGCUACAAAGUCUUAGCCACUACUGAGUCACCUACUACUACAACAGUCACUUCUCUUUGGAAGAAAACUGAUUUCAAUGACAUCGAGAGCAAAUUUUCCCUUCGGACUCCAGAAGAACCAGAUGAGGACACCUGUUAUCUAAUUCCUGGCCAAGAGCAAACUGUUGAAAACUGCCAUUUCAACCAGACGAGCAAAACCUUUGUAGUAAUCCAUGGAUGGACUGUAACGGGUAUGUACGAAAGCUGGAUUCCCAAGUUAGUAGAUGCCUUAUAUAAAAGAGAGCCACACUCAAAUGUGAUUGUUGUAGACUGGCUGCAACGAGCACAACAGCACUAUCCAGUGUCAGCUGGUUAUACGCAACUGGUGGGACAGGAUGUUGCAAGCUUCAUAGACUGGAUUGAGGAACAGUUCGGUUAUCCAUUGGAUAACAUUCAUAUUUUAGGAUACAGUCUUGGCGCUCAUGCAGCAGGUGUUGCUGGUAGCUUGACAACUAACAAAGUCAACAGGAUAACAGGUUUGGAUCCAGCUGGUCCCACCUUUGAAUAUGCAGAGAUAUCGGUUACUUUAUCUCCUGAUGAUGCAGAGUUUGUAGAUGUUGUGCACACCUACAGCGUAGGAACUCCUGACCGCAGCAUUGGUAUUCAAAGGCCAGUCGGACAUAUUGACAUUUAUCCUAAUGGCGGAAGCUUUCAACCAGGAUGCAGCAUUGGAGAUACCAUACGGCUUAUAGCAGAAAAUGGAAUUCGUGGAAUUAUAGACAUGGACCAGAUUGUGAAAUGCUCCCAUGAACGUUCCAUCCACCUCUUCAUUGACUCUUUACUUCAUGAAGAGAAGUCAAGCAUGGCCUAUCGCUGCAAUUCAAAGGAAGCUUUUGAUAGAGGACUUUGUCUAAGCUGCCGUAAGAACCGCUGCAAUACUUUGGGCUACAAAGUCAACAAGGUCCGAGGAAAGAGAAGUGUAAAGAUGUACUUGAAAACAAAUGCCCAGAUGCCAUUUAAAGUAUUUCACUAUCAAGUAAAAGUGCACUUCUUUGCAAAGAGGAACUUCACUGUUACCAACCAACCAUUCUUGGUUUCUCUGUAUGGAACAAAGGGAGAAAGUGAAAACCGACCUCUCUCUUUAGCAGAAAUGUCCACCAACAAAACCUAUUCCUACUUGAUCUACACUGAACUUGAUGUAGGAGAACUGCUAAUGUUGAAGAUUAGAUGGGAGAAUGAGUCAUAUUUGGGCUGGGCAAACUGGUUCAAAACAUAUGCAUUUGAUGUGCAGAAAAUCAGGAUAAAAUCAGGAGAGCUGCAGAAAAAGCUAAUAUUUUGUCCUCAAAAUGGAGAACGUGCAACUAUCACAAGAGGGAAAGGACCCGUGGUAUUUGUGAGAUGUAAUGAACACUCCAACAUGAAGAAAGGAGACUGAUGUGAAAAUGAAUUUGCACUUUAAACCACAUGUCCAAUGUUAUUGAUGCUGUGAAGAACAUUCAAGUGACAUUUGUUACUACUAAAACUCUAUAUGCCCACCUACAAUGAAGUUCAAUCAAAGGGUGUUUCAUAUUGGGCACUUUUGCAUAGACAAGAGUUAACAAAUGGUUUCUUCGUAGAACAAUUACAGGAUCAAAGACUGAGCAACAAAAGUCAACUCUAGAUCAUCAACCCAUUCCAGGCUACCUGUGUAUUGUGGAUAUUUAUUUUGGUAAAAACAUUCUUUACAGCCAAAAGUAUUAUUGUAUAGUGUAUGCUUCUUUCAUACUGUAACAGCACCAGUUACACAUUUAAAUGACUUGAAAGCCAUAUCUGUGUUAAAGCAGAUGAGACAUCCACUCAAGUACUGUACCAAAACCAGAGACAUUCUGGACUAAACAACUAGUAAACAUCUCUACAUGAGUACCACCACAGAUAUAGGGGGAUAAUUAUCAAAAGUGGUGUCAAAUAAAACUGGCUUAGUUUCCCAUAGCAACCAAUCAUAUUCAAUCUUUUAUUUUUCAGAACCUCUUUAGAAAAUGAAAGGUGGAACAUGAUUGGUUGCUAUGGGCAACUAAGCCAGUUUUCCUUUACACCACUUUUGAUAAAUCUUCCCCAUAGAGUUAUAUGUUAUGCAAAGAUAUGUUUAUUUAUGUACUUUUUUGAAAUGUCCAUGCUAUAAAAAACAAAACUCCAAUAUAACUGCUUCCUACAAGCACAACUGUAUCAUUAGGGUAUGAACAUCAGAUUGAUUGGCUCACUUUUUCCCAUGCUUUUUUAAUUAUCUCUUCUAAAUUGCCAUACCCACUAUAUUCAUCAUUAUUCUAUAGGUAGGAGCUUAUGUUUUCUUUUUGCCACGUUGACAAUAUUUUAUUCCAGCACAUAGCAAAAAUUAGAAAAGUGAAAACAUGAAUAGUAAUCAUAAUUUAAAGGGGUUGUCCCACAAAAAACAUAUUCCAAAGUUUUCACCCCAACACCUGGACCUGGAUUUUAGUAUAGCCAUUGAGUUAUUGAAUAAAAUGUAUCUGUAUAGUUUUAUUAUUUUCCUUAUCUCUAUGUCCACCUCACUGUGGUGGAUGCACAUGCUCAGUUCCAUCCUGUAACUCUCUACUGAGCUGUGAUAAGGAGACAACUGAAGCAAAGAGGACACGCUCCCUGAGCUGCAGCAGAAAAGACACUUCCUUUGAGCUGCCUUC